AUGAUGAACCACACUGUGAUUACAGAGUUCGUGCUCUUGGGAAUAUCAGACAACCCUGACCUUCAGAUUGUAAUUUUCAUCUUUUUAUUUAUAACUUACAUCCUAAGUAUCUCUGGAAAUCUAACCAUCAUCAUCCUCACCUUGCUUGAUGCUCAUCUAAAGACUCCUAUGUAUUUCUUCCUCCAGAAUUUCUCCUUCUUAGAAAUUAUAUUCACUAGUGUUUCUAUCCCCAGAUUUUUGGCAUCAAUAAUUACUAAAGUGAGAACCAUUUCCUAUAACAAUUGCUUAGCUCAGUUAUAUUUCUUCAUCUCCAUGGGUGUGUCUGAGUUUUUCCUUCUAACUGCUAUGUCUUAUGAUCGCUACGUUGCUAUCUGCAAGCCUCUGCAUUACACCAUCAUCAUGAACAAGAAGCUUUGCUCCCUUCUGGUCCUCACUUCCUGGCUGGCAGGCUUUCUGACUAUCUUUCCACCACUCAUGCUCAUCCUCAGCCUGGAUUUCUGUGCUUCCAAUGUCAUUGAUCACUUCUCCUGUGACUACUUCCCCAUUUUACAGCUCUCAUGCUCUGAUACAUGGCUUUUGGAGAGGAUUGGCUUCUACUUUGCCUUUGUUACUCUGCUGCUCACCUUGGCACUGGUGAUUCUAUCCUACAGCUGCAUCAUCAGCACCAUUCUGAGAAUCCCAUCUGCCAGUCAGAGGAAGAAGGCCUUCUCCACCUGUUCCUCUCACAUCAUUGUCAUCUCCAUUUCUUAUGGAAGCUGCAUAUUUAUGUAUGUGAAGCCUUCUGCAAAAGAGAGGGCAUCAUUGACCAAAGGAGUAGCUGUUCUCAACACUUCAAUCGCUCCCAUGUUGAACCCAUUUAUUUAUACCUUGAGGAACCAGCAAGUAAAGCAAGCCUUCAAAGAUUUAGUUUAUAAGGUUGUGUUUUAUAGAAGCAAAUGA